CUGGUGGCCAGCAGGAGUGAGAGCAGGAGCCUCCUCCAAAUCCUGGCAAGAAUUGUCCACUACUGAUUGUGGGCAUUUUUGAGGCCACUCUUUGACAGAAAUGUGAUGGGAUCGUUCAGCCAGAGUUCCGGACUUUUGCCGUCGACCCUCAGAUCACUUCCCUGGACGUGUUGCAGCACAUUUUGAUUCGAGCCUUUGAUUUGAAUGGGAAGAAGAAUUUUGGGAUCAGUUACCAGGGCCGGGAUAAGCAAGGACAGGAGGCUCACCUCCCACUGAUGUCAGACUGGGAUCUGAGCACUGCCUUUGCCAGUGCUUCCAAGCCAUAUCUCCAGCUCAAAAUAGAGAUCAAGCCUUUAGAAGACAGCCCUCUUUUGGAAGAUUGGGAUAUCAUCAGUCCUAAAGAUGUCAUCAGCACAGAUCUUCUGCUGGUGGAGAAACGGUCCCUGACAGCUGCUGCUUUGCCUUUUACACAGUCUAUCAUCUCACAGGUGGGCAAGACUCUCUCAAAGGUUCAGCAGGCACUGAGCUGGUCUUACGGAGAGGAUGUCAAGCCCUUCAAACCCCCGCUAACAGAUACAGAAUUUCAUACUUACCUGAACCACGAGGGUCAGCUGACUCGUCCCGAAGAGCUACGUCUGAGGAUCUACCAUGGGGGUGUCGAGCCUUCUCUGCGUAAGGUGGUUUGGCGUUACCUACUGAACGUUUACCCCGAUGGCCUGACCGGCCAGGAACGGAUGGAUUACAUGAAGCGCAAAACUCGUGAGUACGACCAGCUGAAGAGCGAGUGGAAUCAACGAGCCAGCCAGGAGGACCUGGAGUUCAUCAGGAGCAACGUUCUCAAGGAUGUCCUUCGCACCGACAGGGCCCACCCUUAUUACGCGGGUUCCGAGGACAACCCCCACCUCACUGCCCUCCACGAUCUGCUGACCACCUACGCCGUCACCCAUCCCCAGAUCUCCUACUGCCAAGGCAUGAGCGACAUCGCAUCCCCCAUCCUGGCCGUGAUGGACAACGAGGGCCACGCCUUCAUCUGCUUCUGCGGCAUCAUGAAGCGCCUCGAAGGAAACUUCCGCAUGGAUGGCGAGAUGAUGUCAAUCAAAUUCUCUCACUUGAAGCUUUUGCUUCAGUAUUCCGACCCGGAUUUCUACAGUUACCUCCUUUCCACUGGGGCCGACGACCUCUUUUUUUGCUAUCGGUGGCUCCUGCUGGAACUCAAGCGGGAGUUUGCCUUUGAGGAUGCCUUGAGGAUGCUGGAGGUCACCUGGAGUUCUCUCCCACCGGAUCCACCAGAGAAGGAAGUGGAGCUAGUGGGGCCGCCUGCCCAAGUGGGCGAGAGUGGACAGCCCAUCCGUCAGAGGCACAUGCUGAGACCCACGUGUGACUUUGACGAGGAGAUAGGGGACAGAGUCCUGCUCUCAGGUCAAGAGGAAGCAGAGGAGACCGAGGUGCGCGACAAGGUCGUUGGGAAUGGUCCCUUGGUGAAGCAGGCCAGUUUUGGAGAAUUUAAGUAUUAUAGUGCCACGAGUGAGGAUCGCUCUGAAGAUGAUCCAAUCUCAAGUUUCACUUCCAGGAUUCUGGUACGUUCCAGCCAGCCCACAGAAGGGGAGGCCGAAGAUUGCGGGGAGAGAGAUCCUCUAAUCCAACUCCCCUGCACAGUUUCCCUCAACAUGACGAAGAGCUUUUCAGCUCCUUCUCUGAGGCCUCCUGAAGCUCUUCCUUCUCCCAGUCAGGAGACUCCUUCCCUGUCCCCGGAGCUGUCCCUGCAGCCGUCCCCAGCCAGCGGGAAGGAUGGAUCUCUCUCAGAGAGGGGUGAUUCACUGGAGAACACCCCGACUCCCUCUUCUCCGUCUCAUAGCCCCUUUGGUCCAGUUUCGCCUCCUACUCCGGUUUCCACCCCUCCACUCGGCUCCGUUAGCCUGCCCCCUCCCCAGGAGUUUGGCAAAGGCAAUCCGUUCAUGCUCUUCCUCUGCCUGGCCAUUCUGCUGGAGCACAGAGACCACAUCAUGAAGAACAGCAUGGACUACAAUGAGCUGGCCAUGCACUUUGACAGACUGGUGCGGAAACACAACCUCAGUAAGAUCCUCCACCGGGCCAAGGCCCUGUUCGCGGAUUACCUGCAGUCUGAGGUCUGGGACUCUGAGGAAGGUGACGAGGCAGCCGCGGACUCUCCGGCCACUUCCUGACCGUGACCUGCUCUGCCUGACUCGUGUCCUGUUUUCCUCAGUGGAUUUCCGGCGGUGACUUUCAAAAACAGGGACGUGAUCCAAGAGGGUGCCUUUUGAACGAGGCCAAGGGUGUUUUCCGACCGUCGGAAUUCUUAUGGCUUUUUUAACCAGCUGAGCAACUCCUUGUUUUUGUUUUCAGCGACGAUCUCUGUGGGUUUCAUUUUUCCAGAAGCGUAUGCUAAUGGACGGCCACAAUUCUCUGCUGGGUCAGUUGGGAGCAGGUGCCUUUCUGUUUGGAAUGUAUUCAUUUUCACUCGCUUUGGUUUUCUCAUUCCGUAGCCCGAUAUGUUUGUUGGUUUCACUACUUACUUUUUUUCAUAGACAAAACCUAGCAACA